AUGCAGAUGUCAUGUCCGGGUUCUGGCAUUGCCGCGGGAGAUCUGGCGAAGCUUGCAUGGGCCUUCGGGACUUCCGGGCUUCGUGAGCUCCACUUCGAGCCCUUGGCCGAGGGCUUUGUGAUGCUGACGGACGACCAGAGCUCGAACGACCCUGAGCACGUGGCAAAGAUGGUUUGGGCAGCAGCUAAGGUGGGCUAUGGGAGUGUGGCACUCAUGGACAGGGUCGCCCUGCAGGUUCAAGUUCAGGUUGCCGAGUUCCGACCCUCGAGCUUGGCCAACAUCGCUUGGUCCUUCGCGACCUUGGCCUACUUGGUGCCUUCCAUGAUGGCUGCCAUCUCCUCGGAAGUGCUGCGUGGGAUCCAUCGACAGGACGCGAGAGACUUGGCGAACUUGGCGUUCGCCUUUGCGACCUUGUGCCAGCUGAAAGAGGAUGAGCCACUGAAGGAAGCCUUGUCUGAAGAGGUGCUGAAGAAAUUGAAUUGGAUCCAACCUCAAUCCUUAGCGUUCUUGACAGAGGUGGGUUUGGAGGCGUCAACUCAUCCCUUCCUGCUCCAAAAACUCAAUGAGAUUCUGGAUCACCUCGUCACAGCGUUGGCCACGCGAGAAGCUACUUCAGCCUGGAAACGCCGAGUGGAAGCGGCCCUGCAGGAGCUCUACCUGGAUCACUUGGGUUCGGUGGGCUCUCACCUGCUGCUCUCGCGGCUGCAGAUCGAUGCCCCAGAUCAGGACUUCAUCCUGCGCGCCAUGCAGAGCUUCCCCACGUGCGCGGGGCGCACACGCGGCUUAGAGACGCAGCGCCCACAGCAGCGCCGCAUCUUCGCCUACUCCGAGCAUCGCCUCCAGACGACGGACGCGACCGGCGGACGGGACGCGACCGCGGGGCGGAUGCUGCGAGAGCAUGGUUUCCAGGGCCUGCGGCGAUGGCAGAAAGGUUGGCUGAAGCCCUUGACUUUGCCAGUGAACCACUAUGUGGAUCGCUCUGUGUGUGCCGAAUUCCAAGUGCUAAAUGAGAUUUGUGACUUGGUGAAUGAAGAAGCCUUGGCAGAUGACAUGCAAAGCUGUGCCCUCGUCGAAGGAGUUGUGCAGCUCUUGGUGUCCACUGCGCCUUGCCUCUCCUGCAUCUCUGCGGCCCUGCAAUUCCAGCUGCUAUUUCCAAAGGUCCACCUGCAGUUCGGCUGUGUCCAACCCUGGAGUGAACUGCCAGGCGGUUGCGAACCUUUCAGAUCCGACGAAGACCUGCACGCAGGCGCUGCUGCGCCCUCGCCGCCGUCGCCGCAGCAGCCCGCAGAGGCGGAGCUGUCGGAGGCGGAGCGGGCAGAUCUGUCAGAGCUGUGUGAUAUGCCGAUUGAUGCCAGGAGCUGGGAGGAGCUGCUGCUUUGCCUGCAGCGAUGCUCGCAUCAAAGACUUGCGGAGAUCCUCCGACGGAAGCGCUGGCGCGUCCUCAGCGAGACGGUGCCCGAGCGGGCACGGCGCCUGGCGCUCUACCAAAUCCCUGUCUUUUGCAUCGAUGGAUCCAUCGAUUGGAGGGGUUGCCAGGAGGAGGCACUCAUGGAUGUGCCUUGGACCGCCGCCUUUGGCCUCCUGAAGGUGAGCUCCCACACGGAAGUCUCCUUGAAGGUCACCAGCCUUUUUCAGGUCCUGAACUUGGAUGUGCUCUUAGGUGCAGUGCUCUUCCUGCAUUGCCACGUGCUCUCCUUGGGUGGAAGGUUGCAUCAAAGCCCUCGAGAGAUUUGUCAACAGGUCUUUGAAGAAGACCAAGGGAUCAUCACCAGUGGCUCGGAACCACACGAAGCUCCACCAAGCUCUCCCGUCGAGGCGUGUGGUCGAAACGCGGGUCUGACCGGUGGACGGAAGGCAGAGGUGCGAGGCUUCCGGCCGGAGGUCCAGCUCAGCGAGGGCGAGCGCCAAAGUCUACAGUCCUUCAUCCAGCGCUUCGAUGCCUGUGCCGGAUUGGAAGCCACCUUGCAGCUGCUUCAACGUGAGGUGCACAGCUUCUUUGGCUUCCAAGCCUGCAAGGUGCUGCAACGCUUCACCAAGAAGUUCGGCGCUGCCGGGUCCAAGGACAAUCGCUUGCACCUGCUCCUUGGCAGGUGUGCCGCUGCGAUGUCCACCGCCGACGGCAUCUCCCUGGGACGUGCCUUGUGGUCCUUGGGCCGUCUCCACCUCCGACACGAGGCGCUCUUGCAGGCGGCCGCGGCGCGGCUGCCAGAGCUCCUGGACACCUGCGGGCCCAUCACCAUCGCCACGGUGUGGCAUGCCUUCGAGGUCUUGCAGUUCGAGGACGCCAAGUGCUUGGAGGCAUUGGUGCAAGACAUGGAGAAGCGGCUUUGGGAGUGCGACCCGCCAGAGGUCUCCAUCGUCCUACACGCAGCAGCACAGCUGGCCGUGCCCAAGCGUGAAGGGCUCUUCGAGAAACUUCUUGAGUACGUCCGACAGCGCUCGGGGCGCUUCUCCGCACGGCAUCUGGCCGUGUGCCUUCACGCAGCGGCCAAGGUCGGGCUUCGGGAUGAGGCCUUGUGUCAGAUGGUGACCGACCGCUUCCGUGCCCACAUUGCGGACACCGAUGCCUUAGCUUUGACCAGCGCGGUCUAUGCCUGUGGCCUAGUGGCGUACUUCCAGCCCGACUUUUUCGAGUCGGUGGCAGCUUGGCUGCUUCGGCAGCUGCGCUUGGAUCAUCGGCGGAUCGAGUCGCAACAGAUCUCCAAUAUGGUCUACAGCUUUGGCAAGCUGGGGUUCAAGUCUGAGCAGCUCUUGAUGGCAUGUGCGCAGAAUGCCAUGCAGGAGUUCUGGCGCUUUAAGCCACAGGAGCUGGAUAACCUCACCUACGGCAUGGCAUUACUGAAGUGGCGCCACGAGCCGUACCUCAAUGCUCUGGCACAGCAUUUGGUGGAAGGUGGCCGUGUGCGUCAACUGGAUUGCCAGUCCUUGGUCUCCAUGGCCUAUUCCAGUGCCCUCUUGGGCUAUGCCAAUCCGGUGAUGCUCCGAGCCUUGGGCGACCAGGCGAUCCCCAAGCUGCUGCGCUUCAAGGCUGAGGAGUUCUCGAUCAUGGUGUAUUCCUUGGGGGUCUUGAACUUCAGGCACCACGAUUUGCUGGCACACGUGGUGCAACUGGUGCCUGCAGCUUUGCCCAAGUUCACCACGCAAAACAUGUCCAACCUUCUGCACGGACUGGGACUUGUCAGCUUCGACCGAGACGACGACUUUGUGCGUCACGUGUGCGACCACCUCAGCUCACGCUUCGACCAGGCCACAGCACAGGACAUCGCAAAUCCCAUCACCGCGUUGAUGCGGAUGUGCAUUCCACACGAGCGCUUCUUCCGACAAGUGGCCGCCUACAUCACCGCCCCAAGCUCUCGGUUGCCCUUGAAGGAUUUCACCCCACAAGAGAUUGCCAAUACCAUCUAUGGCUUCGAUGCACUUCAGGUGUUUGACGUCACGCUCUUCGAGCAAACGCAGCGAGAGAUCUCGAAGCGAGUGGAGGAGUUCAUUCCCCAAGAAGCGGCCAAUGUGCUUUGGGCCGUCGCGAAGCAAGGCCUUGGAAGCGUCGACUUCUUCGAAGAGCUCUUGCGACGCAUGGCGCCCUUCGCCGAGGCCCAGCGGCCCAGCGGGCCACAACGGAUGGCUGUGGAAUGGGGUGCAGAGGACCUCGAGAAGCCGUUGGCGGCGCUGCGGCCUUGGAGACAUCAACUUCCAUCCUACGAGCGCUUGGACCGGGUCUUCCGCACGCGGUUCUUGUCGAAGAUCGCCCAAUUCCUGAUGUCCUUGUCGCCAGCCAGCAACAUGCCAUUGCCCUCGCAGUAUCAGAAGGAUUUCGCCGCUUGGGACCUCUACCAGGUGGGCCCAGACUACACGGAAGAGCUCCUGCGCGGUGUGGGUGUCCUGCGACAUCCCUGGCGGACGGACCAGGAGCUCCUCCGGCACUAUGUGGGCAAUGAGCCGGACUCGUUGCUCUCGCGCUAUGGUGAGAAGCUGCUGAUCUCAGUGCUUCCGGCCGCGCGUUGGGUGUCCAGCCGGCUCUUCUUUCGCUUGGCUUCGCCCAGCAACUCCGAGUUGCUGGAGGGCGCGCUGCUGGUGGAACCGGCGCACCCCAAGGAGGACGACGAGGCCAAUCAACGCCGCUUCGGUGCAUCGGCCACGUCCUGGCGCGAGGAGUUGGAGCUCAGUGGAGGGAACGGCCAUGCGCCUUUCCGACCGGUGCUCCUGAGCACCUUCUUGGGGAACUGGAGGCACCGGCACACGGAAGUGGUCGCCUUGGAUUUGCUGGUGGACAGAGUGCUCCAAGCGCUGCAGCAACGAAGCUGGAGGUGGCAUCCGAGACUUUGGGAAGACCUUGAGGGCGAGGUGGAGCUCUUAGUGCCUCACACGCCCUGCUUGAGCUGCGUGGGCGCCUUUACGCAGCUGAAACGCUGGGCACCGCGCCUGCGUAUCGCCGUGCUCUACCAGGACUGGCGGGACUGGCGGAAGCUCUUGAGAGACACCGGGAUUUCCAAGCAGGCGUACCCCUGGAACGCCGGCGAAUCUGUCGCGGCGAAGGCCACUGCACGCUCGGCCUCCUCAGCCUCAAUGGCCUCGAUGACGCAGGACUUGUCACUGUGGGACUGGUGGCGAGACGGGCUGAGCAUGGCGCGUGCACAGAUCUUCAGCACUGCGGAGCUUCGGAAACCCGCGAAGGACUUCUAUACCAUCCGAUUUGUCCUUUCACUAGUCUGCUUCGUGAUGCUGGUGGUGGCAUGGAACUCCCUCGCUGGAACGGGUCGCAGCUUCACUGCUGCGUUGACGUCCAACAUUUUCAGUGGAACUCAGGUGUUUGCCAUCAUCGCGGUCAUGGCGUGUAUGAUCACCGACCGGGCGUUGUACACGUGGUACACUCAAGACCGCAUUCUAGCACGAGGUGAGCCCAGCAGCCUUCCGCAGUGGAUCCCCGAGCGCCUCCGGAGGUUCUUGUUGCGCUUGGGAGGCUACGAGAGUUCACCCGAUCUGCAGGAGACCACUCCUCAACGUUCCAAGAUGGCCGCGGCGUUGCAGAUGCUGAUCAUGUUGACACAGCUGGUCACACUGCACGGCGUACAGAUUUCAGCGUGGGCUCAAAGUACCAGCCCCACCGUCGAGCAGGUCUCGAUGUUUCAUAGCUUCACGCUGGUUUGCUUCUACGUCCUCUAUGUGUUGUACCUGUUCUUCAGUUCAGCGCAGCUACGAUACGACGUGCACCUGCUGCGAGGGGGUCUUGGCCUCACUCAUAGCGUGAAGUUCGUCCCAUGGCUCUUGUUCAAGGCCUACACUGCUGUGCCGUUCGUGGACGAGUUGCGGGUCUUGACCGAUUGGACGGUGACGAGUACCUCGAUGAACCUCUUCAUGUGGUUCAAGCUCGAGGAUGCCCAGCAAAGUCUCUACAAGACAAAAUGCGACAUGAAUGCGAGGAAGUAUGUGGAUCCCUCGGCUGAACGGCCGGCGAGAGAGAAGGUCCUGCAGGGUGGCUUGUUCCUAUUGGCCCUGUUCGUCCUCAUUGUAGGCCCGCUCAUGUACUUCUCCACGGCGAAUAUGUUUCUGAAGAGCAACUUGGUCUACAUGGGUUCUUUGAAGGCCAACCUCGAGGUCACAGAGCUCAGUGGGGGUGGCGUGAGCCAACUGCCGCUCUACGAUACGGCGCAGGCGGACAUCGAGACCUUGACCAGUGACGACGCCAAGCGCUUCGUGGCCAGCUAUCCCAAUGUGGGUGCCAGCCAAGACGUGAAUCUGCAGAGAGUGACUUUCCCAAGCUCAGCGGACAACUUGUGGCUGGUGUCCAACUCCUUGCGACAGAAGGUGGCAACCCAACUAGGGAGCAAUGGAACCAAAGCUCAGUUGGUCGUGAUCUUUCAGUUCCAAGGAGAGAUUCCCACCACGGGGCGCGGCAUUGGGCAUACGCCUCCAGUAGCCCUCAAUGAAGAUCAGGUGUCCAUCUUGGCGAAGGUCCUGCAGAAUACCUCCUUUGAAGGAGAGGCCAGCAUCGACGUGCCCUGCAGCAUUCAAACGGCGAUCUUGAUCGACUCCUCCGGGCAGUUGACGUCGAUGGGACCGAAGAGCUCCUUGCGCCUGACGCUCUCCGCCUCGUCUCCGUUGCCACAGUGGUCGAUGGCUGCUGGCUGUCAGCCAUGUUCUUCACUGCAGGCCACCAAUGAUUUCUGCAGCAUUGCCUUUCAAGUGGCAAGCGAGAAGGUGGCUCCGACUCCGACAGGGGACAGCAGCUCCUCCAACUACAGCCUCAUGGGGAUCUACCUAGGCGUGGUCUACACCAUUGGCCGAUUCCUGCGCUUGGUGUUUCAAGAUGCCUCGAAGCGGAUCAUUUAUGAAGAGAUGAACGACACCGACUUGCUUCAGGACCUGUGCAGCGGGAUUUACAUUGCUCGGAUCACAGGGGACUUGAAGAGUGAGUACGCGUUCUACUACGAACUGAUCCGCAUCUACCGGAGCCCUGAGCUACUCUUGGACAUCUCGAAGCCCAAAUCCAAAGUGGACAUGCAGUUCUUUCGUCCAACGGCCACACUGAGCGCUCCUGAGCCGGACAGUGAGCUGCCGGAUCGAACUCCAUCCUCGCUUCAGCGGAGACCGGUUUCCGGCCGCCUGACUCCGUCAGCUGACUGA